UAUAUACCUCGCUCCUCGUCUCUUCAUCAUAACCCCGCUUUUUUCCUUUCCUGGUCGCCCUCUUGAUGGUCUCAUCCUCUUCCGGCGUCUUCCCCUCCAUUUCCCUCUUUUGAGGGUUCCAAGGCUGGUGGAUGUCCGUCUCUCUCCCUCCCCACAGGCUGUUUCCCCCUCUCUGCCGCCCGAUUGUAGCCAAUUGUGGCUGGGUUGCCGUGCUGGUGUGUCCCUGCAGACCCUACCUCACAGAGCCUCCUCCUGUGUUCGUCAUUCCAAAGUUGCUGGAUGCUCACCCGAUUUCCCCCUCACAACUGCUCACAACUUGCUCACAGCUCUUCUUAUUCCUUCUUAUCCCUUCUGAUUCUCCUGAUUCUUCUCUUCCUCCUGUUUAUCUUUCAUCACUUUAUUGGCGUGUAUAUUCACUUGUUCCCAUCCCAACCUCCUCUCAUCCCCUCUUCUGGCUGUCUAUUUGGCUGUCUGAUGCCCUGUUUCCAUCUAUCUCCCCAGCCUUUCUGUUUUGUUUCCUGAUCUUUCCCGCUCUUUUUUCUCUUCUCCCCCUUUCUCGCCCAUCCGCUGCUCAUCUCUAUCCCCCCCGCCCCCAAGUCUUUCAUAUAGCUUCCUCGACAUAUCUCUUAGAUAUAUCUCUUUUCCAUCUACACGAUUUUAUCAUCGUAUAUCUUUCCAACCUUCUCUUCCAACAGCAAUACCGACAAGACAAGCUCGCUCCUCAGUAUUCGCUCUCUCUCUCUCUCGCUAGCUGGAUCCUCCACGUGCGUUUUCUUGCCCUGCUUCAGUUUCUCCUCUUAUAUCCUUCGCUUCCACUUGAUUUCUUCAUCGUAGCAACUCACUCCUCUUCGUCUUCUCACCGAACUCAUCAUAGACACUCAAAAGCCCACAACAAGCCCUUCAAGCAAGAAAGGCCUUUUUUGAAAUCACAAAACCAUCCUUGUUCAUCAUCUCUUUGAUUUGCUUGAUAAAUCUCGCUCUCCAAGCAAAAAUGAGAGGCAACGGAUCUUCUGCUAUUGCAAGCAGCCCUCGCUCCUCAGAUGAGGCUGCCUCUCGCAACGGCUCCCCUGAGACAAAGCUUACUGCCUUCUCCCCUGAAGACCUCCGUCUGAAGUCCCGCUUCGAGGCCGGAAGGGCUUUCUGUGGUCCUCCUGACGAUAGUCACCGUCCUUUCUAUUCCAUUAAUAAUGGACUGGGCCAUCAUCAGGGUCAAGACCCCUUCUUGUCCACCCCAUCUUCUGCUGGUCGCGCCCAGCUUUCUCCCACUGCCUCCAGCUUCACCCCGUCUGGGUUCAGCAUUAAUCCUUUUGGAUUUUCUGCCCGUUCGGCUUUCCAUGGAGAUCAACAGCCACAGCCCAUGGCUAAAGGCUACUUAGCUGCCACUUCAGAGCCUGAUGCCUCUCCUGAUGCUAGUGAUGUCUUUGGGACGCGCUCAAACCUACGCCUCUCGGGUUUUGGCCCCAUCGGGAAAGCAAAGUUGGUGAAAAGCCCGCUUCCCAUGAUGUUUGCCCAUCUAGGGAAGUUCGACGGCGAAAAUCGCAACCGUGCUUUCGCUAUAGACGGUGUCCCAGCAAACCUCCCCUAUCUCACUCUUGCUGAGAUUUUCAACCGUCGCGAAUUCGGGACUCUCAAGGGCCCUGUGUUCACGGAACUCAGCUCUGCCGGGUGCAUCUAUGUGGGGUUUACUGACAUUCGUGAUGCCAAAAAUGCCUCCGAAAAAGUUAGACGUCUUCAUCCUGAAUGGCGCAUCCGCUCCUUGACUGCAAGGGAGUAUGCCCAGAAGUUUGACCCGGCCAAUGCUGGUCUGGUUUCCGAUUUCGAAGGCCAAGUUUUUGCCUCUGUUUUUUAUGACAGCUCUAACCCAUCCUUGGAUGCGCGUGUUGUGUCGCACUCGUUCAAGGAUCUCUUGGAGACUUUUGGCGAUAUCAAAGCUUUCCAUGGCAUGCCAAAUACCCAAGGAAACGUUGAUGAGUUUUUGAUCGAGUUCUUCGAUACUCGUGCUGCUGAUAAUGUCGUUUCGACUUUGAACGGAACAUCUGUGGACGAAUGCGUUCUGGAGCUUAAACUCCACAGACCAGACAUGGCAGAGCCACAAACUCCUCGCCAUGGAUCUUUCGAAUCCAGAGACUUCUUCUCUUCAUCUGAUGUGUCGAACAAGCGGCCAUACAGUCGUCGAUCCAUGACUCACAUGCAUUCUAGUCCAUACCAUGAACUUAGCCCUACUGGCCGCUCUAUCAUUCCGAUUGAUGACCAUGUAGCAACUAUGGGUUGGAUGCCAAAGGCUGACGAUAACUUUGGGUUCCGUCCUCGCCAUGAACUUAGUCGCCAUAGUGAUCCUCGCUCUAACAAUCAGAACUUCGUCGACAUCGAACGCAUCCGCUGUGGUGUCGAUGUCCGCACUACAAUUAUGCUUCGCAAUAUUCCAAACAAGAUUGAUCAGGCCAUGCUUAAGGAAAUCGUCGACGAAACUAGCCAUGGUAAAUACGAUUUCAUGUAUCUGCGUAUUGAUUUCGCAAAUAACUGCAAUGUCGGCUAUGCGUUCAUCAAUUUCGAGGAUCCAAUUGAUAUCAUCGAUGUAGGGCUCUAUCUUCCAUUCUCGUAUCCGUAUAAGCGCACUUACUUUUCCCUCCAUUCUAGUUUGCCAAAGCUCGUGCGGGUCAUACAUGGAAUUGCUUCAACAGCGAUAAAAUUGCGGAAAUAUCCUACGCCAGUAAGUUAAAUCCUUUCUUUCCUUAUUCCUUUCGCUAUUCUUUUCAUUUGGUUCCGCGGGAAGUUCCGUGUACGCUGAUGUUUUCACCAUUUAGCUAUCCAAGGAAAGGACUGCCUGGUCCAAAAAUUCCGCAAUAGUUCCGUAAUGCUUGAGCAUCCCUCCUUCCGCCCAAAGAUUUUCCACACCGGCACUGGACCCCUGGCUGGAUCCGAGGAUCGUUUCCCAGGCCCAGACAACCCGUCAAAAAUGCGUCGUAGCGUCGAAAACGCAGAGCAUGUCGGCCUCUUCGCGCCACGUGUUGGCCAGCAAUAUCGCGACGAGCAGCGUCGUCGUCGCUCCCAGUUCGACCGCGGGACCACCGCCGCUGAGCGUGAGGCGUAUUACGUCCGCUCCUCCAGCUCCUUCACGCCUAGACGUGGCGCGUUGAAUGGAAACGGGAACGGUGGUGUAAUGCUACCGAUGAUGGUGAUGUCUCCGUGUUAUGAGGGCCCUGUUUCUGGUGCUGAUGGUGGUGUUGGCGCUCGGGCUUCUUGAAAAAUAGGAGAAGGGAUGGAGGGCCGUUUUCUGCGUACUUGCGGGUGUGCGAGUGGGUAUCGAUUGGCCAAGGAAAGAAAGGAAAGUAUCCAUUUUCGCUCUUUUUGUCCUUUUUUGCCUGCUUCGAAUGGGGUUUUUGUGUUUAUUUCUUGUUUUGCCCUUCCACUGGAUUCCGAUAAUAUCUUCCCUUCCUCACCACCCUUCAGCACCAGCAGGGUGUGUUGUCUGAAUUUGCGCUGUGUAUGGCUGGUCGCUCGGUAACUUAAUUCUUCAGUUUCUCCCUUUUCCUUUUGUGUCAUAUUCAUACCCGCUCUCCUCCCUCCUGUCCUCUCUCGAACCCGAAUGCCACUGUUUGGUUGUGAAAGGAAUAGUCUUCAAGAAAAAUUUUCCGGAAGCGAGAGAGAGAAAGAAAGGGAAAAAGAAAGGAGAGUGAUGGAAGGCCAAUUCAAUCAAUGCCUGAUCGACAGGCAUGGGGGAAAAAAAAAAAAGAAAAAAAAAGGAAAGAGCCCUCUUUUAUCCAUCUUGCUCUGUGUACCCAUUACUCAAAUUUGGGAUUGGGUAGAACCCAUCAAUCGACAGGCAAGUUGUUUGGUUUGGUUUGAUCCUUUUUCAGAAAAGGAGCUCAGGCGUGUGUUGUUGGGUUUUGUUGGUUGCUGGAAUGGAACUUAGUUGAGUUGGGCUUUUAUUUACCUUUUUUGUGUUUUCUUUACUCCUUUCGAUUAUGCUUGCUCGUGCUCAUGCUUGUUCGCAUGUUCUGCUCGGCUGUGUUAUUUCUAUUCCUUUGCUCGACGAGUUUCUGGGUUUGAGACGACACGCUCGAAGUGGGGAACGACUAAUUAAUCUACCUUAAAAAUGGGACAGAUAAGAGGUGGAUCUUUUUCUUCUCUAAGUUUGAUUUUGAUUUUUUACCUUUCUUGCCCACGACCUUCUCUCACUUCUUAGGCGAUCUUCCCUCCUUUACCCAUGUACUUUUAGUCUCAUGUAUGUAUUGUAGUUUUAACUACACAGACACGGAUGGAUCUUUUAUCCGAAAAAUUUCCCCCUCCCUUGUGGAGUCCCUUGGAGGUUUUUUGUUGCCAAAUAGCAGCGUGGAAUUAAAUGGGGAUCAUACCAUCUCUAAGUCCCACAUAAAUAGCAUGUUGUAGCGGUAUCAAACUCAGCUCUCAAGGGAAGGAAGUGGGGAGGCCACGGCUGUAUUAGUGAAGCUUUCAGUUGUAUGUAUUUAGCAGUUUCCUUCGCGUUUGACGGGCCAAUAGUUAAAACUAAACAGACAGUAAGCGAGG